UGUUUUUCCCGGAGCUUCUCUCAUACACUCUCGGAACAAGUUCGGUGUUCGGCUCUGCUCCGGCUCUGACAACAAUGUUUUUAGCUCAAGUUUAGCAGAAAAAUAAUAAUAAUAGUAAUUUAAAACAAACAAGAUAGCAUUGUUUUUUGAUUAACCGUAAGGAUGUAGCGACUAAACGGAAAAAGCUCGUGCUGAUUAGUUUUACUUUUUUUAAUACGAAUUCAUCGUGCGCGCGCGCGCCGUGGGAAGUUUUAAAUCGCGAGCAAACCUGAGUUAAAAAAAAAGAAAACAUUAUGGUAUGGGACAAAGGAAGAUUUUAUCACUGAAUGCGUCCAUGAAAGGUAAGGCCACUUCAAUGUGUCGACUGGACGUGGAUUCUGUGCUGAAGAAGGAAGUUGAACCCGGCCAAAGAGAUGCCCUUUCCUCGGCAAGGUACGGACUGGGCCGUGGGGUGAAGCGUAAACAGGGCGAUGGCGAGGAGUCUGCGCUGGAUCUCCCGUAUCCCCAGCAGAGGCAGCUGGUGCUGGACCUGUGCCUGGACAAGCUGCAGAACUGCCAGCGACGUGCCGAGCCCAGCCUUCACCGCUCGGUGCUGCUGGCCAACACUCUGCGCCAAAUCCAGCAGGAGAUGAGGCUGGAGGGUGGAGACACUCUGCCUCCCACUUCGCCUUCUCCGUUUCCUCCACCCACUCCACGCCACGUCCCGGAACUCCCACCUGACUCUUCACUGCUUCUCACUGGACCUAUGUCCAUAUCAUCAUCGGCACUCGGCGAGGACAUCGAGGACCGCAUCAAGAGUAGACCGCCUUCUCCGGAGCGCCUGGAUGAGGCGGACUCGAAGACGCCGGAUUCUUUAUUCGGCACGUUCGAGAUCACAAAUUCCACCAGCUACCUGACGGACCUGCAGCUGGACGACAUCUUCGAGGACAUCGACACGUCCAUGUACGACUCGUCGGAGAUCUCCGUGCUGGCAUUUUCCACGCCGAGAGAAGACGGACUGAAGAACCUGUCGAACCUGCAGCUCUGCCUGGCUGACCUCAGUGAUCUCGAUCACAUCAUGGACAUCUUGGUGCGCUCCUGAUCCUCAACAAGCCAUCCUCACAUUUACACUGAAUCAAACGUUUCGUUUUUUUUAAAGCUUUUUUUUUUUAUUAUUUAAUGUAAGUAAAUCUAUUUUUAUACAAAGAACUGAUAUUUAUAAAUAACUCGAUUUUCUCUCACACACACACACACUGUAGGGAUGCACACUGCUCUUUUCCUAUUUAAGCAAAGAUCUGUAUCUGCAGGGAAUGAACAUGAACACGACAGAGUAUUACCACUGAUCCUUUAUUUAUAACCAACAUCGUUUUUAAGAAAAGAAUCAUUAUGAAGUGAUCGCUUUUGAGGAGAAAGACCUUCUAUUUCAUUUGUAUGAACUGAUCCUGAGAGUAUUUCUCAAGCGCUAUAACACACACGCACAUUUUAUCAGUAAUUAUGCCGGAUCAUGACAUGCACACACACACACUCGCACUACCUCUGGAAAAAACCUACAAGAGCAAUCUGAAAAUUCUUUCUUUUUAUUUCUGUUCAGUAACGUUCACACACAUCUCCCAGCCUGCUCUGAGAGAUCACUUUCCUCUUCAUCUUCUCUUUUAUUCAGAUCCUACAGGAUGAAGAAUUACAUGUUGUUUUUUCACUCGUGUAUAUAUUUUGUACUCAGAACCCCAUCAUGAACUCUAGUGCCUACAAAAGGAGGAUGAAGACUAGCAAUGGCGGAUGUGCAACACUGUGGACACACAGACUCAUGAUUUUUUUUCUAACCUGAAAGUCUGCUCUUUUUUUUCUUGUUGUUUUUAUUUAACCCUUCAGUAGAAACCCAGUCUCUCUAAAGCCAUGUUUGCAGCUAUGAAACCUUAAGUUCACAAUGAUGACACUACAGUAAGAUUUCUGGAUGUCCACGGACACACGGUCAGAUCUAAUCUCUCGGAGACGUAUGGAGCGGUCUGUGUGAGAUGUUUGCAUGAUGUUUAAUCUUUUCCUCGGGAAGGUGUGCUACACUCCCAUCCUGUAACACAAAACAACUAAAACAAGCGCCUGAUAUGACGGUAGAGUGUGGGCGGAGCCUGAACCGUUGCAGCGCGUCGACUGGUCAGGUGAACCAAACCGAAAUUUGGAAGGAAGAGUCACAAUUUUAGAUUCUUUUUAAUGUGUUUACCCUGCAGUAGAGUUUUCUUUCCAUGGAUAUUUGAUGCUGUUUAAAUUUCUUCCUUGAGAGCUACGCUGGCUGGUUUUUUCUUCACCGCAUUGGGGUAUCCUGUGAUGAUGGCUAAAUAUAUGUCUAAUGUUAGCUAAGUCAAACAAACUGUUUAUCUUUCAAGCUGAAAAAUCAAUUACUAAUGUGAGAUUAAAAAGGAAGGGGCGACGCUUAGAGAUCGUCAGUUCAUUUCAGGGAAUUUAAAACAUGUAGGCAAAUCAUUCCAGGUUUAUAAGCCAAAUUAGCUUUCAUUUGUUUAUUUAUUUU